AUGGAAACCUCUACCUUUUUUCGAGUUGAUGGUAUGGUAGCUGUUGUGACUGGUGGCGCUACAGGCAUUGGGUUUAUGAUGGCUAAGGCCCUUGCGGGGGCCGGGGCGAAGAAGGUUUAUCUUCUUGGAAGACGAAAGGCCGUCGUGGAGAGCGCAGCAGCUCAAAAUCCCAUCUUCACCCCCAUAGUGUGUGACAUUACUUCUAAGGAGUCCUUACAGUCCGCCGUUGACUUGAUCACAAAUGAUGUGGGCUACGUCAACCUACUCGUAGCCAAUUCAGGCACAAUCGGCCCUACAAAGUCUUUCAACCCGGAUCUCACGAUACAGGAACUUCGUAAGCAUCUGUUUGAGGGAGUGUCCAUGGGUGAAUUCACCGAAACCUUCCAUACCAAUGUCACCGCGACGUAUUUUACGAUGCUGGCUUUUCUAGAGCUGCUUGAUGCCGGCAACAAGAAUGCCUUGAAAGGAGGGUUUGGAGCGCCAAUUGAAGAAGGUAGCAAUGUACCCUCUGUCCCAAGUCAGGUCAUCAUCACGAGCAGCGUAUCCGCCUAUAGUCGGGAUAGAAUCUCUCCGCCCGCUUAUUCUGGGAGCAAAUCGGCCAUAACCCAUCUGGUCAAACAUGCAAGCACCAAUCUUGCCAAAUAUGAGAUUAGGGUAAAUGCAAUGGCACCUGGAAUAUUCCCAUCCGAGCUAGCUCAAGGUCUACUUGCGGGGAGGGAUCCUAGUAAAGAAACACUCGAAAAUAUGCGAUAUAUACCGUCGAGGCGAUUUGGGGGUGAGGAAGAGAUGGGGGGUACAGUGUUGUAUCUCGCAAGCAGGGCGGGUUCAUACUGCAAUGGUGUAGUUCUUCUCAAUGAUGGGGGGAGGCUAUCAGUUACCAAUUCAGAAUAUUAG